CACUUCCUGUGACGGGGGACGUCACUUCCUCUCAGACUCGGCGCUUGGCAGGCGGGCACUCACGAGGAUUCAGCAUGCGUGUAGAGAAGUGUUAUUUCUGUUCAGGUCCCAUCUACCCCGGCCACGGCAUGAUGUUCGUCCGCAACGACUGCAAGGUGUUCAGAUUCUGUAAAUCCAAAUGUCAUAAAAACUUUAAAAAGAAGCGCAAUCCUCGCAAGGUCAGGUGGACUAAAGCCUUCCGUAAGGCAGCUGGUAAAGAGCUUACAGUGGAUAAUUCAUUUGAAUUUGAAAAACGUAGAAAUGAACCUGUCAAAUACCAGCGAGAGCUGUGGAAUAAAACUAUUGAUGCAAUGAAGAGAGUUGAAGAGAUCAAACAGAAACGGCAAGCUAAAUUUAUAAUGAACAGAUUGAAAAAAAAUAAAGAACUACAAAAAGUUCAAGACAUCAAGGAAGUCAAACAAAACAUCCAUCUUGUCCGGGCUCCUCUUGCGGGCAAAGGAAAGCAGCUGGAAGAAAAAAUGGUACAGCAAUUACAACAGGAUGUGGACAUGGAAGAUAUUUCUUAAAAAUCUCACUCUCUGUAACCAUUUCUAUAAGUGUAUUUGGAAAUUUGGAAAUCUCCUUUGGAGACUUAGAACUUCUAAAUUAUCAACUUAUAUUUUACAUCAGGUCACUCAAAGGUAAUUAAAAGUACGUCUCUCCUCCAUUGCUAUCUGCAAAAUACUACAUAUUUUGGUUGUUAGCUUGUAUCUAAAACCUUCACUGAUCAGUAGAGGUGUAAAUUAUGAAAAUUCUUCAUCAAUUCAGAAGCAAGUUGUAGACAUAAAAUGGUCAUGUCAUUUGGAUAAUGACACUAGGCAACAUUUGUAUAAUAACUAAUGACAAAAAUUCAUGGCUAGUGAUCCAUAAAAUAAAGUUUCCUUUGUAUUAAAA